GGAGCUGGUCUUGUUGCAGAUUUGAUACUGUGGAGACAGAAGAAUAUUACUGUGGGAAUAUUGUUAGUCACACUAGCUGCUUGGAUUGUGUUUGAAAAAUCUGGUUAUACUCUUUUGUCACUUGUUUCCAAUGUUCUUCUUCUCCUCAUUGUCAUUCUUUUCCUUUGGGCCAAAUCAGCAGCAAUUCUUAACAGACCUGCUCCACCUCUACCACAUUUGCAUUUAUCAGAAGAAAUGGUGAAUGAAGUAGCUACUUUCAUCCGAAUUAGAGUUAAUGAUGUGUUUUCGGUUUCUCAAGAUAUUGCUCUGGGAAAGAACUCAAGGCUGUUCCUGAAAGUAGCAUCAUGCCUCUGGUUAAUUUCUUUUGUUGGUGGCUUGACUGAUUUCCUUACCCUGGCAUAUACAAGUCUCUUUAUUGUUCUUACAGUACCAGCACUCUACGAAAGAUAUGAAGAUAACAUAGAUAGACAUGUCUUGAAGUGCUACAGAAAAUUGUGCCAAUUGUAUGUGAAAAUCAAUGAGGAAUAUGUCAGCAGAGUCCAACAUUAUAUUUUAGAGAAGCAAAAGCUGAGCUGAGUUUGUUCCUUCAAAAUUCAUUGUGAUAAAAGAAUUUUAUUCACCCUUCCAAUGUGAGAUUUUGAUUGUGGGUUCCGAGGAUUGUGGUGGUCUUUUUCCCACUUUUUUGUUUAUCUUUUUUAUUUCUUUUCAUUUUUGCAUUUUUCAUCUUCAUUGAUGGGAAAUUUUUGUUUGGUACAUAAUGUCGGAACAUUUUUGCUAGAUUGGUGCAUGUAACUCCAAAGAGUAUUUUCUCUUCUUAUUAGAUUAACCAAGAAAAGUGUAGAUGUGGUUGCCAGAUCAAAAUUUGUCACUUGCCAUUAUUAACAUGUAAUAUAGUUGGAGCCAGAAUCACAUUCACAUGCUC